CAUGUCAAUUUUGAAAUCCAUUUACAUAAAAAUUAAGGGCUUUCCUAAACAUUAAAAAAAAACUUAACAUACUCAUAUCAAUUAGUGGGGAAAAUCUUUUUCAAAUAUGCGUAAGGAGAUUGGAUAUUGAAUGUACAAAUAAUAGUACAUUUCAAUUUUGUAACAUUUGUAGAAAUGUCAUUUUUGUAUCUUAAUUAUGGAGUAGUUAAUUUAUAAAACUAAAGGCCUUUCCUCAAUAAGGGUCUUUCAAUCAUCAGCAAUAAUUUCUGGGGAAAACAUUGUAAAUAUAUUACUAGAAAUGGAUUCAAUAAAUGCCUCAAUCCUUAUCGAAAUGAACAACAUUUUUAGAAACGUCACGUAUGAAACGUGUAAUCUUGAUUACAAAUAAAAACAACAAUCCUUAACUGAUCUUGUUUACAUUUGGUACCAUUUGAGGGAGACGCAUUCCUAGACUGGCGGUUCUUAUUUUUGGAACAAAUUGAAAGUGAAUUCACGAAAAUGAAGGCCACCCCCAAAGCAAUUCCAAAUUUGUGUCUGCGCCGCCUGCAUAUCUGCUCAGCGCACAAUCAAGAAACGCGCGCGCGCGCCUCUGAAGUUUAGCAGCAACAUUUUGCUUUCCCUGCCCCUGUCGGACAGCCCAAAAUAACGCGGUCAGAGUAUAAAAAGGACACGUUAAGUCGCUCGCGGCAGGAGACGACGAGGCGCGCUAAUCCGGCCCCUUAAUUGGUUUACGCGGCGCCAUCUGGUUUGGUCGGAAUUUCCGAAUCCCGGAGGGAAAGCAAACGCGGGUCGCUAGCCGGGCCUCGGACUCGCACCUCCAAGCCGAGCGCUUUUGUUUUCAGGGGUGGUGUCGUGCCUCGUCUGCGGGGUUGGGGAGGAGGGCAGGCGGACCCGGGAUCGGUCGCCGCCAUGAGCUUCAGCACCGAAGAGCGCGGCUCGCCAAACACGGACGACUACAGGAUCUUCUUUAACGCAGAUGGGCGAUACGUUUCCCCCUUCCACGAUAUUCCCAUCUUUGCAGAUGAAGCGCAGAACAUUUUUCACGCCGUUGUGGAGGUUCCGAGGUGGACCAACGCAAAGAUGGAGAUUGCCACCAAAGAUGCGCUCAACCCUCUGAAGCAGGACGUGAAAAACGGGAAAGUUCGCUACGUGGCAAACGUGUUCCCGCACAAAGGUUACAUCUGGAACUACGGCGCCAUCCCGCAGACGUGGGAGGACCCCCGCCACCGGGACGCCGACACGGGUUGCUGCGGGGACGACGACCCCAUCGACGUGUGCGACAUCGGCGACAGGGUGUGCUCUCCGGGGGAAGUGAUCCGAGUGAAAGUCCUCGGCACGCUGGCGCUCAUCGACGAGGGCGAAACCGACUGGAAGGUCAUCGCCAUCAACGCCGACGACCCCGGGGCCGACCGCUUCCACGACAUCGACGACGUCAGGCGACUCAAGCCCGGCUACUUGGAGGCCACGCUCGAUUGGUUCAAGCGAUACAAAGUCCCCGACGGGAAAGCCGAAAACCAGUUUGCGUUUGACGGACACUUCAAGGACAGGGACUUUGCCUUGGAGACGGUGAAAAGUACGCACGAGUUCUGGAAAGCGCUCAUCUGUCAGAAGAGCGCCGCUGGCGAGUUGAACUGCAUGAACACGAGCGUCUCCGAGAGUCCAUUUCGUUGCAGUGCCGAAGACGCCGCCGCCGUGGUGGACUCGGCUUGUGCUUUCGGAGCUGCAGAGCCAAUUCCCAUUUCGGUUGACAAAUGGUUUUACUCUAAUAUGUAAGGAAGCUUUGGACGGGAAAUCAGUGACUUCCUGGGAACACAAACUACAUUGUGUGUAAUUCUUCUAAUAAAUCUAAUACUGUUUAUUAUGUUGCUACUAAUCUAUCGUAUAAAUGAGAACUUUAUCCAAACUGGAAGUAGUUUGUUCUAGUACUUAAAUAUUUUUCAAGUACCUGCCAUUAUUUAUUUUUCUGACAUUUUACUUUUACUCUAUUUGUUCUGUUCUACUGAUCCUUUUGUCAAAACGGGUACCGGAUAGAAAUGACACUAUGAACAAAAAAAAAUACAUUUCAGUCUUGCACUUAAAAUUUGCUUCUGGAGUUUUACUUUUGCAGUUGUUUUGCAUUUCUACCUUCUGUACUUCUACUUAGGUUUAGAGCGCGAUUAUAGUUUUGUGCACCUCUCGAAUAAAAAAAAAAAAAACACAAAAACAAAAACUCAAUCCAAGCAUCCUUUCCGCCGUUACACAAAAAGGGGGCGCUCGUGAGUUGGA